UGAUGAGCGAUCUGGACUCCUGCCUGGCCGGCCGUCCUCAAUCAGGAGCUACCCUUAUCCACAGAUAAAGGAGGAAGCAGCCCAACCUGUUUUCCUUUCCUCCUCCAUUUUCACCUUUAGUCUCUCUCUCUCCACACCGGAGGGAGAGACGGAGGAUUGAGGCUGUGUUUCCCUUCAGUCCGGCUCUUUUCUUGACUCUCCUCUACUUUGGAAGCUCAUUUUCAAAGUGGCUUCAGGAUAUUUACUGAGUCAAACAGGAACCUUCCUCCUCCGAAGGCAACAUGGGGUCCGAUGAGUCGUACAACUUUGUCUUUAAAGUGGUUUUGAUAGGGGAGUCUGGAGUAGGAAAGAGCAACCUUCUGUCUCGCUUCACCAAGAACGAGUUCAGUCACGACAGUCGCACCACCAUCGGUGUCGAGUUCAGCACGCGGACUGUUCAGCUGGACAACUUCACCAUCAAAGCUCAGAUCUGGGACACGGCGGGGCUGGAGCGCUACAGGGCCAUCACCUCAGCGUAUUACAGGGGAGCAGUCGGAGCGCUACUGGUCUACGACAUUAGCAAGCACCUGACCUAUGACAGCGCAGAGCGGUGGCUGAAAGAGCUGUACGACCACGCGGAUCCUCACAUGGUGGUGAUGCUGGUGGGAAACAAGAGCGACCUGGAGAGCCUCAGAACCGUGCCCACGGACGAGGCCAAAGUCUUUGCAGACAAAAGGGGUCUUUUGUUCAUGGAGACAUCAGCUUUUGACUCCACCAAUGUUGAAGCAGCUUUUAAUGAAGUUCUAACAGCGAUCCAUAGGAAAGUGGCCAGCAAAGAGGUGACCCGUGGCUCCAUCAGCGCCGUGACCCUGUCCAGCCCACUUGGACAGAGCAGCGAGGUGCAGGAGGAACACAAGGGCUGCUGCAAGAGCUCCUAACAGACUGCAGCCCCCCGUGAAGAUUUGAUCUGUGCAACGCUGAACCGGCGUCACGCCUGACUGUCGCUCAGGCAUGACGUCCACACACAGUCUGAAGUGUGAGGUGCCUGCUUGAUGCUUGAAGAGUCGAUGUUGCCACUUCUAAGUACGGGGUGUCCAUAAAGUCUCUUCACAAUUUUAAGAAUUUAUUACAAAGGCAGUUGAUAAGAUAUCUUAACCAGAGUUGUUUUAUUGUAAUCAGUGGUUGUCCAAGUUUUUUCUACCUCAUUUAAUACACCUCUAUAUGGGCACCAUUAGGUGCACAAAGCACAUCAAGACUGUACUCGAUUUCUUGCCAUGUUCGCUGUAGCCUAGCCUCAUCAAUGGUGGCAAUGCCAUCAGAAACCUUUUGCUUCAAGCCAGUAAUGUCCCGUAUCUUUGUUCGAUGCAUGAUAUCUUUAGCACAGCGCCAUAGAAAGAAGACCAAGGGAGUGAUAUCUGGUGAACGUGGUGGCCGAGGAAUUAGCCUAUCCCUUCCAAUCCACCGAUCUGAGGAGUAGCCAUUUUUUAGGUUUCAUUUACCAGAGCCUCUUUCACCAGCAGGAUACCUGAAACACACAAUUUAGUGUGAUUACAAACUUUAAUAAACAUGGCUUACAAUAAAACAAAUCUGGUUAAGAUAUCUUAUCAACUGCCUUUGUAGUAAAUUCUUAAAAUUGUAAAGAGACUUUAUGGACACCCUGUAUGUGAAAGCUGUACAGUAUACCGGGCUUUGCAAAAGUUCUGUUACAAUUGUUGAGACAUUCACGAAAAUGAACACAAAGAUUUUUGGUGCAAUAAGAUAAAACUUUUGGGUGGCCACAUUUCUGAUUAAUAUUAUCAUUAACACAUUUGCAAAGCCCGGUAUAACUCAAAAACUGCUGAUGAAGUGUUGCAAAUGUUGAGUAAAUCCAUAUUUUAUACACGAUAUGUCUUGUGAUGGCUGAUGGGCACUUUCUGCAAAAGACAACUGUGCAGUUGUUUUUCUUUUUUUUUUGUAAAGUUCUGUUGCUCUUAUAAAGGAAUAUGUAGGGAUUGACUUGGAAUAAAUAAUUUAUGCUACUUUCUUGGCAGGCAAUUACCGCACAAAUACAUCAAUUUACUUUGCAUGGUACCUAGAGAGGAAACUAGCUUUAGGAACAGGAGAGACAAAGGAAGUAAAAGUUUUAAUCUUACAAUGUAAAACAAAUUGCUGUGAGUAUUAUGUUUUGAAACUGGAUAACUUUAAUAUACUCUACCAGUCAAAAGUUCGGACACACCUUCUCAUUCAAUGCUUUUUGUUUGUUUGUUUUUGUGUUCUACAUCGCAGAUUAAUACUGAAGAUUAACAGUUUUGUGUUUACAACAUAAUUUCAUAGGCAUUCUUUUAUAGUUUCCGUAUCUUCAGUGUUCAUCUACAAUGUGUAAAAUAAUUAAAUGAAAAAGCAUUGAAUGUGAAGGUGUGUCCAAACUUUUAACCGAAAGUGUAUAUUUUGCGUUAGUGAGAUAGCAUUAUAGAUAUGUUAACAUGUAAAUAUUCAGUGUUGCAGCUGGACGAGAUGCCGCAAAUUUUAACUCAUUUCUGUCUCUGUAAAUACUCAGUCUUCCAGGUCAUGUUAAUGCUAAAACCUAAAUCCUCUUUUAGGUUCUUCAGAAAGUUUAUCCUCUCAUCUCGUUUUGAACUGAAUAUCUUCAAGACCCUAGAAGAGAAGUCCAGUUGGUGUUUACAGAAUCUGUUAUGGAUCUAGGAUAAUUUAUUUGCUGUUUGAUAGCCCGCUCUUUAAAAAUCUGUCAUCUUUUUUAUUUGGUAGUCCUGUGAAAUUAAAAGACAUGUGAUGA